AUGGAAGCAGCCGACACAGCACCCAGCUCACCAGCACCGGCGCCCGAAAGCGUUGCCGAUGAGACGAUGGAGGUUCCGGCUGCCGAGUCCGAAGCUCCUCAGGAGACUACGGCCGAGCAGCCGCAAGCUGGACCUUCGGAGAAGGCACCUCGACGCGUCUAUAAUCGGAAAGUGAAGAACCCGGCAGGCGACUUUAUGAUGAAGGAGAGUAAUGUGGAGGUUGUUCGUCAAAUGGUUCAGGCCAAGCACAAGGCUGAGAAGGAGGCGGAGGAAAAGGAGAAGAUCGAGAAGGGAGAGAUCCCACCGCCCAACGGAGAGGUUAGCGAGGUGCCGUCCGUUGCCAACGGGACAAGCACGCCGGCGUCGGCGACGCCAGUACCUGCAGCAUCCGAAGCGCCCGCCGAGAACCCGCUGUCCAAGAUCCUCAUCAUCCACCCCGGGUCGCGGUAUCUGCGCAUAGGACGCGCAUCGGACUUCUACCCGAAGGAGGUGCCGAACUGCAUCGCCUGGCCGGCCGACCAACCUGGAGGAUCUGAGCCGCCGGUGCCCGGAAAGAGGAAUGCCGAGGAGAGCGUCGACGACAGCAUCGGACAUCUGCGCGACUACCUGCGCAACCGGUUGCGUGCGAACAAGCUGACGACGGAUUGGCGUGAUGGUACUCGUGUGAACGCCGCGAACGCCAAGGCAAAGCCGGAGACGCUGCCGGAGCACUCUGACCCGCACCGUAUCGACUGGACGGAGCUGAACGGACGCAAGUUCUUUGUUGGCGACGAGGCUAUCAAGCUCGCUGAGAGCUCUGGGUUCAGCCUGCGGUGGCCGAUUGUGCAGCGGAGCUUCAACACGCGCGACUGGGACAGCAAGCAGCUGCUUCUGAACGACCUCACACUGAUCCUGACGGAGAGCCUGCGGACGGAGCUGGACAUUCGACCGAUAAACUUCAAGGAGUACUCGGUCGUGCUUAUCGUCCCCGACCACGGACAGCGGGUGUACGUGCAGGAGCUCACGAACAUUCUCCUUCGCGUGAUGGGGUUCAAGGAGAUUGCGAUUCACCAGGAGUCGCACUGCGCCAUCUUCAGUGCGGGCAUGUCGAGCGCGUGCGUCGUCGACAUUGGCGCACAGGAGACAUCCGUCGCGUGUGUCGAGGACGGUAUGGUCAACGCCGACUCCCGUAUCAGCCUCUCAUACGGAGGCGACGACGUCACGAUCGCUCUGGCGGCGCUGCUGCAGCGCUCCUCAUUCCCGUAUAAGGAUCUCGACCUCGCGCGGACACAGGACUGGAUCAUGAUGGACAACCUGAAGAAGAAGGUGUGCACUCUCGAGGAGCACCUCGUGGCCAACACGAGCUGGGACUUCUACGUUGUUUCCGAGGGCCCAACGAAGAAGUACAUGUUGCGUACGUACGACGAGAACGUGCUGGCGCCGCUGUGUUUCUUCGAUACGCGCAUGAUCGAUUUCGAGGGCAAGCGCGACGCGGCCUUCCAGAUCGCGAACCCUGACGUGACCGACCUCAUCAAGUCGAGCUAUGACGAGCCGGCCUGCUGCUCGCACCUGUUCCCCUCGCGCGAGGACGACACGGACAUGAAGGAGGCGACGCCGGCUGCGUCCGAGACCCCUGCACCUGGUACGCCGCAGGAGAGCCCCGUCAAGCCCGUCAGCACCAAGGACACGCCUGCACUGUCUGUUGCGAGCACGCCAGGCCUGCUGCCUCCGACAGCCAACCCGAGUGCGGCCGCGACGCCGGCGCCGGACGAGGACGAUACACCCGUCUACGACAUCGAGUACGAGGCGAGCAAGACGCCACUCGACGGUGCGAUCAGUGCCGCGAUCGCCCAGUCUAGCACUGAGGGCCGCGUUCGUUCCGCGGCUAACAACCUGCUUCUCAUAGGCGGCGGAAGCAGCCUGAAGGGCCUCGCCCCGUUCGUCCAGGAGCGCCUCGGUCCUUUACUCAGGCAGAAGGGAUAUCCCGUCGACCAGGUCAACGUCGUCCCCGUUCCGCGCGGCGUCAACCCCAAGUUUGUCAGCUGGAAGGGCGCCAGUGUUAUGUGCAACCUCGAGAGUCUCAGCGACAUGUGGAUCUCGCGCGAGGAGUUUGAAGCCCUGGGAGCUAGGUCGCUCAAGGACAGGCUGCCCUUCAUCUAA